CUUCCAUCAACUUCCAAACGUCAAAAUUAAUAAAUCAAAACAGAAAUUAUGGCAGAUGCUACAACAGACAAAAAAUUAAAGUUAGCUAAUACUAGGAAGCGGUUUAAGGAGCUACAAGAGUUGAAGAAAAGGAGAAAUGAGGGACACAAUCAAAAAGACAUAGCGGACAGUAGCAAUGCAAAUAGCCAUGAAUCAAGUUAUAGAAAUACGCCAAUUGAAGUUCAAGAAUCAUCAGUCCACAAUGAAAGUAGUAAAGUUGAUGAAGGUUAUCUUAUUCCCAUUGAAAGUACUGUUUCCAAUAUUCUUGAAGAAACAAGGAAUGGCAAUGUACCUUCUGAUAAUCUAAUUUUUAAUCAAGAUGAAACGCUUGUUGCAACAGCAAAUUACUUUGAAAAUAAUAGUUAUGGUCCUCAAGCUACAUUUUUUGAUAAUAUUGCUGCUCAGAAUACAUCUAAUCCCUUAGAGCAGAAUCCUUCACUUUUAACGUAUUUUAGUACAAGAAACGAGGAUAAUUCUGAUCAACCUAAUUCAGAAAAUAUUGGAAAAGCUAGAUAUUUUGAUAGUAGUAGAAAUUCACUUGUGUUGGAUACUGCUGUAGGACAAGAUAAUCACCCACAAGGUUAUGAACUAUUUCCUAACAAUGUUGAAAAGCCUGCUGAAAAUACAAAUGAUGCAUUAUGCUUAGACGAUCCCGAGAUUAAACAAAAUGAAAUUCAAGAAUUUGUAAGUAAAAGUGCCGAGAAUCUUGCUAUAGCUCCUGAACCAGUAGUAGAAUUUUACCAAAAAAAUUUAGAUAAUAUUUUUAUACCUAACAAAACUGAAAAACUAGUAAGCUAUCGAGACAGCAUCACUCCUAUUGAUAAAAAUGCAGAUAUUAAUGAAAUAAGUCAAGAAAUAGAUAAAUCAACUGCUUUAACUAAAAAAGAAAUCCAACAUUCAAAUGUAGAAAGCUUAAAACAGCUCUCUAACCAGUUAACAGAAAUGAUUGAUCAUAAUUACAAUUACUCUUCUACCAGUUCAAUUACUGACUUGGAAAAACGAAACAUCGAACUAGCUGCAUUACUUGAAAAAGAAAAAAAUAAGUCUGAGCAAUUAACUUUAGCAAACAAACAACUUCAAGAUAGAAUCCAAGAUAUAGGAAGUGAAUUAAAACAAAAUCAGUCAGAAACAAAUUUACAAAAUGCACAAGAAAUUAGCCAUUUAAACAGCGAACUUCAAGCUCAUUUGCAAACCAUUGGAUUAUUAGUAGCAGAAAAAACUGAACUGUCUUCAAACUUGAGGCAGUACGAAUUGAAUCAUAAACAGAAAAUAGAAGAAUGUGAAGAGCUUCAAGGACGGCUUAAAGCUUCCAGAAUGAGAGUGAUAGAAUUAGAAAGGGAAUUAAGUAAUUUGAAAGAAGAAAAAAACAGAACAGACACUGCAGAACAACAUUACAAUCUCACUCUUGAAAACUUUAAGCAAGAAUUUAAGCUUUUAAAACAGCAAAAGGAUGAGUUAGCUCAAGAUCUGCUUGAAGUUAGGGAAAAAUUAAGAAUGACUUCAGAAAAAAAUAUUGAAUUGCAGCAAGAAACCAAGGAACUAGCUGGAAAAUUAUCAUUAGCUGAUAUUAAAAUCCAACAACUGUCAUUUGGGGGUGUUUCAGGUGUGGAUAAUCAAGUAGAAAUACUAACCAAUGAAAAAUUUGCUUUAGAAAGUCAGGUGACGCAGUUGAAUCAAACUUUAAAAUCAAUAAUCAAAGAGAGGGAUGAAUCGAGUGCCCAGUAUCAGCAGUAUGCUCAACAAUUAAAUGUUCAAUUAACAAAUUUAUCUUCUAAACUGGAGCAACUUCAAAAAGAAAAAGAAAAUUUCGUUAUCCAAGAACAGAACAGGAUAAAACACAUUGGCGAAUUGGAAAGGCAGCUUCAAAAUAUACAGGAUGAACAUAUUUCUUAUUCAACCAAUUCCAACAGUGGAGAAUUGAAGCAGGAACUUGAAAAAUUCAAAGAAUUGUGUGUUCAGUUGCAAAUUGAGAAAACCACAGCAGAAGAAAGUUAUACCAAGGUAACCAAUGAAAAGAAACUACUGUUAGGUGAGUUAGAAGCAAAAACAGACUCGAUUUCUCAAUUGGAAAGCAUGAUAGACCAGUUGAGAGGCAAUCAGCCUGACAGUGUUAAGUUGUUAGCUGCCAUGGAGAGUGACAAAGUUGCUGCUUCAAGAGCUAUUCAGCAAAACAAAGAGCUAAAACAGCAGCUUGAAAGUAUGCAAGAAGUUUUCCAGAAAAUGGACAAUGAUAAGGUAGAAUUGACAGAAAACCUCAAAGGUCAGCAACAAACUAACAAGGAACUUAUUGAAAAAUUACAAAAAACCGAACUCUCGCUUCAAUCCCUAGCGGACGCCAUCGAAAUAAAAGACAAGGAACUGACCCAUCUAAGAGAAUCAUCUGAUGAAAUGAACAGACAAACAUUACACCACGAGCAACUAGAAGAUAGGUUAAGACAUUACGAAGCACAUGAUAAUUCGGCACAUAUUCUUCAAAAUGAAUUACACAAUGCCAAACAGAUUAUUGCACAACUUACCAACGAAUUAAAUAGAGUUAAAUCUGAAUCUCAUGUUGAAAAAAAUGUUAAUGGCGAUGGAAUUGUUGAAUUAGAAGAAGCGAGGAAAAGAAUAUUAGAAUUAUCCGAUGAAGUGAACCGGUUGAAAUUAUUAAAUGGGAACGAGGUUACGGAGAAUUUUGACACAAACGACAAUAUAGUGAACAAAGAAAAAGCGAUGAAAUACUUGGAAGAGAAGGUGAAAAAAACGAUGCAAGAAAUAGCUGACUUAUCUGAUGAAAAACAGAGGUUGGAACACAUUGUUCUUCAACUCCAAAGCGAAACUGAAACCAUAGAAGAAUAUGUGGCUCUUUAUCAGCACCAAAGGAAGGUAUUGAAGCAAAAAGCCUUAGAAAAAGACCAACAAUUAAAGCAACUAGCCUGUGAUCGAGAACAAAUCAAAACCAAACUCGACAGAUUAAAUCAACUUAUCACGAAAUUAGUUAAAGAAAAAGGAGUUAUACCAGCAGAAUUAAUAGAACACCAAGAGAGUAUGAAGAAUCAUUCAAGCAAUUUGUGCGAAAGUCAUUCAAAAAUUAACAGUGAAAUUAAUAAAAUCACAGAAACUCACAAGAAUAUUGAAGCUGGGGAUAGUAAAGUUGAUACUACACAAACUGCAGAUGAAAUUAUAUUGUUAUUGUCUGAAAUAAAGACAAGCAAUCUGGUUCAACCCAAUGAGACUUUGCAUCGUUGUGCGUGGUGUUCCGGACAAUUGAUAACGGUGUAAAUAUAUCUCAUGAAAAAAAAAAGAAUGUGAUGGUAGGUUAUGUAGGUUUUUAAAGUUUUGUUAACGGAAUUUUGUACCGAUUGGCCAUUUAAUAUUAGACUAUAUUUUAAUGUUCAGAGAAAUAAGGAAUAAAGUUUAUUUAGUAUGAAA